AUGACGGAUGGUAUGUUACUCAGAGAAUGUUUGCUGGAUCCGGAUUUAACAUCAUAUUCGGUAAUAAUGUUGGACGAAGCUCAUGAAAGAACUAUUCAUACCGAUGUUUUAUUUGGGUUAUUGAAAGCUGCAGUGAAAAAACGACCGGAACUCAAGCUAAUUGUUACUAGUGCUACUUUGGACGCUGUCAAAUUCUCAGAAUAUUUUUAUGAAGCCCCUAUAUUUACAAUACCUGGUAGAACGUUCCCUGUCGAAAUUCUUUAUACACGUGAACCAGAAACGGAUUAUUUGGACGCUGCACAUAUAACUGUUAUGCAAAUCCAUCUUACCGAACCUCCUGGUGACAUCCUUGUAUUUCUCACUGGACAAGAAGAAAUUGAUACUUCUUGCGAAGUUUUAUACGAAAGAAUGAAAAGUCUUGGUCCGGAUGUACCUGAAUUGAUAAUUUUACCCGUAUAUGGUGCGCUGCCGAGCGAAAUGCAAACACGAAUAUUUGAACCUGCACCACCAGGCAGCCGAAAAGUGGUAAUUGCAACGAAUAUUGCCGAGACUUCAUUGACGAUAGAUGGAAUCUAUUAUGUGGUCGAUCCGGGUUUUGUAAAGCAAAAAAUAUAUAAUCCAAAAAGUGGUAUGGAUUCUCUGGUGGUUACACCAAUUUCCCAAGCACAAGCGAAGCAGAGAGCGGGUCGAGCAGGUCGUACGGGCCCUGGCAAAUGCUACAGACUUUAUACUGAGAGAGCUUAUAGGGAUGAGAUGUUGCCGACACCUGUGCCUGAAAUACAGCGAACAAAUCUUGCAUCAACACUGUUGCAGCUUAAAGCUAUGGGCAUCAACAAUUUAAUUGAUUUUGAUUUUAUGGAUGCACCGCCAGUAGAAGCUAUGAUUACAGCCUUAACACAAUUGCACACUUUAAGUGCUCUUGACAAUGAUGGAUUGUUGACCAGACUUGGUAGAAGGAUGGCAGAAUUUCCAUUGGAACCUAGUUUGGCUAAAUUGCUGAUCAUGUCAGUGGAUUUAUGUUGUUCGGAUGAAGUGCUCACUAUUGUUUCAAUGUUGUCGGUGCAAAAUGUUUUCUACAGACCAAAGGACAAACAAGAAAUAGCAGAUCAGAAAAAGGCGAAAUUUCAUCAACCGGAAGGCGACCACUUAACACUACUAGCUGUCUACAAUUCUUGGAAGCAUCAUCAUUUUUCUCAGCCAUG